AUGUCACAUCCACAACUAACCAAGGAACAGGAAGCAUUUUUGGAAGAAUGUUUGCUAGAGUUUUCGGACCGUUACACAGAUGCCGACUUCGAGUACAAAAAAACCUAUGACAGGGGCGUACCACCACCCCCGAUUAUGUUUCCCUGGUACGGUAGACCCAAAUUGACCGGCUAUAGACGCAGAAAUCAAGGGGACCAUGGAGGUUAUCGAGACAGGCACGAUAAUAAUUUUAGAGGCAACGAUCAGUAUCGAGAUCGUAGAGAACAUCAAGAAUCAAGAUUUCGACCGUAUUAA